AUGAAUUCGAACUUACUCACUGUUUUAUUUAUAGUUUCAACUUUUUGUUCAAACUUUUACAAUGCGGAAAAUGAUUUUUCGGAUUGUGCUAAUCUGAGUGCUGAGCAAUUGAAAACUGCUUUCAAGAAUAUGAAAACAUUAGUUGGAGGACUGGAAAUUUCAUUUACAAGUUAUAAAAGUCUCAAAUUUCUAGCUGAAUUGCAGAGAAUCGAAUCUAAGGCCAAAACUUUGUUAAACUACAAAAAAAUCAGCAAUGUUUACAUGGAAGGAAACAUUUGUAACGCAGGAAAUCUGGCCAAAAAAUCUUGUAUCGUUCCAAAAGUUGGCUGUGAGAAUCUUGUGGGAGAUUUGAAAAUCGGGCCGAAAUUCGGUUUUAAAAAAGUGACAUCCUUGAAGUUUUUAUAUGGAAGUCUAAUUGUCAAAAAUUCAAGUUUAACGGAUUUCAAGAUUUUUGAAAAUUUAUUGGAAAUUGUUCAAUUGAACUCAACAAAACUGGCGAUAGAUGUUCAAGGAAACUCAAACCCUCCAUGCAAAUUCAAUGAAACUUUUUUGAGCAAUAAUACAGCUUCGAAAUUCCCAAAAAAUUGUUCAACAGUUUGUGGAAUAUUAUUGAUAAAUGGGACAACUGAUCUGAGCGCUGAACAAUUAACCGAAUUAUUCAAAAAUAUGAGAAUUCUGGUUGGCGGAUUGCACAUAAGGAACGCUACAUUCAAAAACCUGAGAUUUUUAUCAGACCACACUCGCUAUCCAAUGUAUGAUGCACAGUUGGAAAUCACAUAUAAUUCAGAAUUGAGAGAAUUGGGAUUAUUAAAUCUGACAACAAUUAAGAGUAGCGUUGUCGUUAUUUAUCGUAACGAAAAGCUGAAAAAAUUGAAUUUGCCGAAAUUAGAGACGGCAAAAUUUUUGGAAAACCGCACCAUUCAAUUACAAAUGGCUUCUGCCAAAUUCCCCGAAUUUUGCAUUAAAACUCAAGAAUUGGAUGCUUUCACCAGAAAGAGAAACAAAUGUGACCUGAUCAUAAAUUCUAACAUUUGCAUCCCAAAAAACGCACCAAAAGUUUGUACAGUACCUACAGUAGGAUGUGAGCGACUCAUUGGAGACUUGAACAUCACAAAAGGAUUUGAUGUUCGAAAAGUGGAAUCCUUGAAACGUUUGUAUGGGACUCUAAACAUAACAAACACCGAUUUUAACGAUUUUCGAUUUUUGGGAAACUUAACCCAUAUUCUAUGUUUGCUUCAUAAACCGGCUUUGUUCGUCGUGGGAAACAAAAAUUUGACGAAUAUGGAGUUCCCAAAUUUGAGGAAGAGAUCGAGUCCCCUUCAACAUCAAGCCAAGUUGAAUCCCCUUCAACACCAACAAAAAACCAAACUUGCUAUAUUUUUGGAGUAA